CCAAGUGAGUCUCGUCGAAUGAUGAUGCUACCUGCUUGCUUCCACAAAUCCUACAUGCCGACCACAUCGCUCCUCUUCGCAUCGCCUCCAUUCCUUCUCCCCUCUCCUUCCUUCUCCAAGAGCUACACAUCGAGCCGCCGCUCCUCGUUCGCGGAGGGACACCGACAACAAUCACAGCCCAUUUCCGCUGCCCGCUCCUCGCCGCUUCCUUCCUCGACCUCCUGCCACGGCUUGGUGUUCGACGUUGGCCCCGCCCCUUCCUGGGACAGCCACGAGGUUGGCUCCCCGGUCGUCAAGCGGUACGUCCGGGACGACGAGGAGCGGUGGCUCAUGUGGUACCAUGGCAGAGGCGACGAAGGCGACUCCAUCGGCGUGGCGGUCUCCGGGAACGGGAUCCACUGGGAGAGAGGAUCUGGCCCUGUCACAACUAGCGACGACGUUGGCCAGGUCAUGCGCCGCAGCUCCGACUGGUGGGCGUUCGACACGGCGAGCGUGAGCCCAUCGGAUGUGCUUAUCAUGUCCAGCGACAAGCUCACAGCGCCCGGCGCCGUCUACUGGCUUUACUAUACUGGCUCUAGCCAGGAGAAGCUGGAGAUCCCCGGUGAGGAUGCAGGCGACCAAUGUCGCCCUCGUUUCGUGUCGCUGCCGGGCCUAGCUAUCAGCCAAGACGGCCGACACUGGGCGAGGAUCGAAGGGGAGCACCACAGCGGCGCCCUCUUCGACGCCGGCUCUGCCGGCGAGUGGGACGCCCUGUUUGCAGCAUCACCGAAGGUCGUGUACCAUGGCCGAGGCGAUCUGAGGAUGUAUUACCACUCGUUCGACCAGAGGAACGGGCAUCACGCGGUCGGCAUCGCCAGGUCCGGGGACGGGAUCCGGUGGGUGAAGCUAGGGGAGGUCCUGGGACGCGGACCCGCCGGCUCUUUCGACGAGGCCGGCGCCAGGAAUGCUCACGUCGUGAGGAACCAGAGAGACGGCUCGUACCUAAUGGCUUACGAAGGUGUCUCUGUGGAGGGGGCUACACGUAUCGGCUUGGCGCUGUCUUCAGACGGAUUGAAGAACUGGCGGCGAUGGGGUGAUGAGGUGAUUCUUGAGCCAUCCACUGAUGAGGACGGAUGGGAUAGCAGAGGGGUCGGUGCUCCAUGUCUGCUCCAAAUUAUGGAAGGAGGGGGAGAAGAAUGGAGGCUGUACUACACAGGCAUAGGGAAGGACGGGAGGGCAGGCAUUGGAAUGGCGGUUUCGGAAGGUUCAGAGCUUGGUAGCUUCAAGAAAUGGGUGUGAAUCCAACUGUAAGGCGACAUGGAUUCCCAGUGCAUCCACCCUGAUGUCUACAUCUCACCUUUUCUUUCAGCUUGUAUUUGCUUGAUCAAUCAUAGAACAAAAAGGGAUUCACCCAAGGGAGGACAGCAUCUCAGGUCACCAUACCAAAUGUGAGAUGGGUUCCAAUUCUUCUCAUUUGACCUUCCAAGACUCAUUCCAGUAAGUUCUGUAAUGAUAGGUUUUAAUAACCUUAUGCUUGCCAGCAUGCCCAUCACAUGUAAGGUUUCAAUGGUCUCUAAUGAGAUCACUCUUACCGCUACCGUAACAAGCCACUGCCUCCCCAUUGGAACCUACUACGGAUAUAUUCUUCAGUGAGAACCUCUUUUGUGCCAUCAAAAUUUGCAUCUGGAACACUUGGGAAGCAAAAAGAGAAGUUCUAAUCAAUUGCAGCCUCCCGGAAUAAUCCAAAAGCCUCUCACUCCAAGAUGAUACUUCUGCUAUAAUCCAAGAAUUCUGGAAGAGAUCAGAGGCACCCAAAUUCUUUCAAAAUAGCAAGCUGUAAUCGUUAGAGAGAAUUAUAAACUUAAUUUGGAUGCAAGUGCUAACACAUCUCAUUAUUCCAGAUUCUCUCAAUUUGUCAGGAAACUCUGGCUGCAACAGCAUUUCAUUCACAAAAGCAUACGGUACACUGUCAAAGAGAGAGGAGGUUUUCUUUUAAUAUCCAUUUUCUGAGAGUGCAUUUUGCAGGCAACUUUUCUCAUCCUCUGAUACCUCCUAAUCAGUUUUAUGUGCUAGGAAAUUGAUAUAGAUAUAAAUUAUCACAUUCAUA